GGCAGUAAAGCGCAUUUCAGCGUUUAGCUUCUUAAAAGAAGAAGGAGGCGUUCGUGUUUUCUUAGCAGUGAUGGCGUCGUACUGGGGAAUAUUUGUAUUCAUUAUCUGUUCACUUUUGGUCUGUGCUUCGACAGAGACGCGACAGUUUGGCACGGAAAACGUGAUUAACGUGACUGCAGUUAGUGAAAAUGAAGAGUCGACCUACAACGUGCAGAUAAGCUUGAAUGUCACCCUGGCGGACAAUAAAACUACCGUCAACGGGGUUCCGCUCAAGCCGUCAGAGGUGAUGAGGAUGCCAUGCCAGGGUUUGCUGUUAGAUGACAGUAACGUGAGCCUGAGUGACGGCGCCGGGACGUUGAUCAGCAGCGUGUUGAGGCUGAUGCUGGAUCACGCCUAUCUGCAGAGCGAAGCAGGAGACGAGGUUCUGCUGCUGACUCUGGGUCAGGAGAUGAUCCAACUGGGUGAAGAGAAGGUUUGGCAGCCCGACGUGUGGGAAGUGAAAUUGCUGCUGAACCAGACCUCUGAGGAGGUCACCCAGGAGCAAAACAUCUACCCGGCGAGAUCCAGCAAGAUCGUCGCCAUGCCACGAGAAAACGACGUCAUCAUGACUGAAGAGUUCAUCGCUAAAACAGUCGAGGACCAGGUCCUACACACAACCAGUCACUACCCACUGAGGCAGGCUGAAACCACGCAGGAAGAGACGGCCGCUCCGGGAAAGCUUCCUGAGACGCCACUGCGCAUGGAACCCAGUGUGCUGUACGAGGACGCUCCGGAGGAGAACGUCAAUCCUGACGACCUGCUGCCGGACGUUCCUCUCCGACAGUCGCCCUCGUCUUAUAACGUGGUGUGUCGAUGGGUGGAGGAGCUCAGGGACAGGCUGAAGCGCUUCUGCUCCGAGUCUCUGCCGCUCUUCUUCCUCAUCAUGUGGGUGGUGGUCGUCGGCGUCGUCGGCUCCGCGGUCAUCAUCAAGAUCCUCGACAUCUUGUUUCCCACGUGCGAACACAAGGGUUUCUUUCAUCUGAACCCGGAGACCCUGAUGCCGGAGGAGGAGAAGCAGAGCCUGAUUGAGAACGUAGAGCUGGUGGUGGAGGAGCAAGAGCAGAGCCAUGUGAAGGGAGAGCAGUACUGAUAACCCCCCCCCACCAAUGUCCGGUCCUGUCCCUUCCCCCCAAUGUUACAUGCUUUAGGCAUUUCUGUGAGUGUUUUCCUUUCCAAAUGUAGCACUUUACGAGCCUCAGAUUUAUUUAUCCGUUACUUUAUUCGAGAGCGAGCGAUGUUUCUGUUUCACUGAGGCAUUAUCCCAGUUUAAUAUCUACUAUUUCCUUUGUAUUUUUUCAAGUCGCUGUUGCAUAGUGUCUAUGGAAAAAUAUCCUGUAUGAUGAUGAUGAUGUAUUUAUGCACUUAAGUCACACAGACGUGAUUAAAGUAGGGCACGGUGUAGUUUCGGGACCAAGCUACAUUAAUAUGGUCUGCGUUAAAAUGGAGAACGGUCGAGAACAUUUCCGGUAAUAACGAGAAGGAGGAACCGGAUAUUAUUUCACUUUUCUGUUGGGGAAAUUCUACGAUAGUGUCCUCAAUUAGCUGGUUUAAUAUUCGAGUUGUAAAACUGAACCACGUUGCGUGUGUCUGCUCUCAGACCACGAUACAAAAAAAAAAAACAACAAAACGUUGCGUUAUCAAGAGCAUGUGAAGUGAAGAUGCAUACAGUGCUUACGCUACAUUUAAUUAAUUAAAUAAGCGAUUGAUUUUACUUCUUCUGUAUUUCUGCCCUGACCGAUUCUCAUUCACGUGCGUAAAUAAACAUCGCUGCUGCUGUUCACCAUGCUGAGGCUUGAGAUUAGGAUGUAGAAAGCAUUAAUGUCUCUUUAUAUCACAGCGCUGUUUAAUUGUCAAAUCGGAUUGGUCCAACGGCGUCGAUUAAUUUCCUGUAACGUCAACGCUGACUAGUUCCGGCUGUAAUUCGAAUCACGGGUUUAUAUUAGCGCGGUAAUACGACAAGCUGCCUUUCAGAGAGGGAGAGAGGGAGGGAGAGAGAGAAGUAUGAUAAGUUCAAUGUGUAAAAUUGUUAGUGGUGCCUGAUUACUGUGGUAUAAGAAGAAUAAAACUCUUUAGGAUGUGCUGUUAGGGGGAAAUUAACUUCAUGACGCGGUGUUAAUAGCGCAGCUUUCGUUUCUAUUCAGGAUUCGAGGUACACAAUGCGUGUUUGACCAUCAUGUUGUGGAACUUACAGGAGCACGAGCGCAUGCUUCAGGACACAAGGCAUCACUGUAACUGUUUUUCAUAGAACGUUUAUUAUCUUAAACAACAUUACCAAAUUGUCAUCUAAAUACAUUUUGCAGUGUUUAUAUAUACACACAAGUAUAUAGACUGGGUCACUUGUUCACUAUAAAAAAAAAAAAGGCCACUGAUUGGUUGGAAAUAGUGUAAUUGAAAUUCAUCUUUGAAUGAAUUGAGGUGAAAUGUGAGUAAUUUAAAAAAUGAAAUAAAAUGAUGUUAUUGUGCAUUAUAAAAAAUAUUUGGUAUGUGAAGACAAUUACAAUAAAUCACAGACUGACUUACGUG